AUGACGGAGGCGUUGCAGCGGAUGACCAACGACGACCAGAGCCAGUUCCGCGGUAUCCAGGGGCCGGCCAUGCAGGCGAUCCAGCAUGGGGUGAGCCCCGUGGUCGUCGUGAUGCCGACGGGCGGGGGGAAGAGCAUGUUGUUCAUGUUACCGGCAUGGGUCAGCGGCGGGCUAACGGUGGUCGUCGUCCCAUUGAUUGCUUUACGCCAGGACUUGCAGCAGCGAUGCGCGGUGGCCGGCAUCUCGUGCGUCGAAUGGGAGAGCCGGCGGCCGCCCGACGAGGCGGCCAUUGUACUCGUCACGCCCGAAUCCGCGUUGAGUGAGGAUUUCAUCACGUUUUUGAACCGACAGCAGGUCAUGAAACGGUUGGACCGCAUUGUGAUUGAUGAAUGCCACAUCGUAUUGAAUCAGCAGCGUGAUUUCCGGCCCAUGAUGCAGCAGCUUGGACGAUUGAUGAUCGCACGGACGCAGGUGGUUUUGUUGACGGCGACAUUGCCGCCCAGCUUAGAGGACCGAUUAUGGCAGCGCAUGCGAUGGUCCCGGGAGCAGGUCAGCUUGUUCCGUGGUCGAACCAGCCGGACCAACGUGGCAUAUCGUUUGUGGCGUCCGAUCAUUGAGCGGGAGUACAAUGGGCCCCAUCGUUGGAUCCAGAUGGAUCAUAUCGCAGCAUUCAUCCGGGACCGCAUCCGACGAUCGCGGGGCGGGCGCACCAUUGUGUACGCGCAUAUCGUCGAACAUGUCACGACGAUGGCGGAGAUACUUGGGUGCGAGGCGUAUUACCAUGACCAGCUUGAUAAGGCCGGCGUCUUAGAGCGGUUUCGCAGCCAGCCCCACGGGGUGGUCGUGGCGACGAGUACAUUAGGGAUGGGAGUCGACAUCCCCGACAUCCGCAGCAUCAUCCAUUUGGGGCGACCACGAACGUUGCUGGAUUACGCGCAGGAGAGCGGGCGCGCAGGUCGGGACGGUCAGGCGAGCGAGGCGAUCAUCAUCCAGCCCGACGGGGACACGCCGUCCGCGGAGCAGCAGCGGGUAGAUGCAUAUAUGUCAGCCAGUCCAUGCCGGCGGGUCGUUUUGGACGGGUAUUUGGAUGGCGUGGUAGAUGGAUACCAGCGAUCCCAUUGUGGGGAUCACGAUUAUGGUUCGGUCACCAGUGAGGCACGAUGUGAUGGGUGCGACCCCGAUUGGCAGGUGAUAGAAGAGCAGGAAUCCAGCGAAGCUGCCAGUCCGAGAACCAGCCCAGAAGCCAGCCCAGAAGCCAGCCCAGAAGCCAGCCCAGAAGCCAGCCCAGAAGCCAGCCCAGAAGCCAGCCCAGAAGCCAGCCCAGAAGCCAGCCCAGAAGCCAGCGAGACGGCCAGCAGUAUUGAUUCCGAGAGCUUACAGUCACAGGCACCAUGGGAGAGCCCCAUUCAUGAUCACAUACAGACCAUGGCGGCCGGCACAGGAUCCAGUCAUCACAUACAGACCAUGGCGGCCGGCACAGGAUCCAGUCAUCACAUACAGACCAUGGCGGCCGGCACAGGAUCCAGUCAUCACAGGCAGACCAUGGCAGCCAGCGCAGAAUCCAAUGACCACAGAGGUAUUCCAUUUGGGGUCCGGCAACAGUUCCAGCAGCAGGAAAUUGAUCGCGCACGCAUGUCCGAGCAGCAUCAGCAGGCGCGGCAGCAGGAACUGACAGACGAAGAGUUUUUAAUGCAGCAGGCGCGGGAAUGGCAGGAUCGUUGUUGGAUUUGUGCGCAGGAAGGCCGGAAUGCUGAGCACGAAUUAUACCAUUGUGCCCAGCCCAGUAGCCAGCAGGCGCGGGAUUGGAUGAUUCGAGUCCGGCGGCGGGUCCAGUACGCGCGAUAUACCAGUUGUUUCCAAUGUGGGAUGCCACAGACAUUAUGCUCCGGGUGGUCCAGUGGGGAAUGCGCGCACCGCGGAUUAUUAUACGCGAUGGUUGGGAUGAUGUUGUUUGGAGGCCCCAAGCAGGAGCAGGUCCAGCGAUUAUGGGAGCAGCGAUUAGCUGAGCAGGGGGUGAGUGCACAGGAUGAGCCGCAGGUGACAGCGUUUUUAGGGCAACGCAGUACCCAGGGGUGGGAGAAGCAUACGGAGUUAGUUCGUGCAUUCAUAUGGUUGCGGCGGAUAUAUCAUGAGGUUGGGAUGUAG